AUGGAAUCUGUCCACCACUCUGUAUGGAAAGCUGCUGGUGUUUAUGAUGCUAUUAAGGGUUUGGUAUAUAAUGUCCAUACAGAUAAACAUUUGAUUUUUGGGUUGGCCGAAAGAUGGUGUUGUGAUACGAGCACUUUUGUGUUUCCAUGGGGUGAAGCUACUGUCACUCUUGAAGAUAUCAUGAUUUUGGGAGGGUUCUCCGUUUUGGGUGGCCCUGUUUGGUUCCCUCUUCAAUCCCCUGAGUUGGUAGAAAUUGAACAGAAUCUUGAAAAAGCACGAAUAUUUGCGUUUCCAGUCGAGCAGUAUGAUAAAAUCAGUACGCAUGUUUUCCGUGUAGCCAGUAAUCUGGCCAGAGGAAAACGACUUGCGCUUGCUCCUGCUGUUCUUUCAAGCAUAUAUAGGGAUUUGAGCUUGUUAAGAGAGGCUAUGACGAUCUCUACGUCAAGUAAGAAUAAAGAUGACAGGAACAGAUUUCAAAUUCUAGGAUUUUGUCUUUCAUCGCCAUUGCUCUUUAUUCAAGCUUGGGCUUGGGAAAGGUUGGUAGUUUUGCGUCCAAAGCAGGCUGGCAAUUACAAUAUGGUUGGUGGAGCGAGAAUAGGGCGAUGGCACGAUGUGAAAAGAUCAGGUGUUAUUAAUGUGAGGGCUGCAAUCGACUCGUCUGCAGAGACAUUUCAGUGGAGGCCAUAUGCCUUGUCUGUGGAAGGCUCGUCAGUGCCAAAAUUUUACAAGGAAACAGAAGAGUGGGAGAUAGUGGAAAAUUUUGGACCAAGAAUUAGAGUCCUUUAUUCGAUGCUUGCGGGUGUCGGUUCUUGUUGGUUUUGA